AUGGCCCCUAACUAUAAACAUGUAGAAGAAGAUGAGGAUGAGGGCUAUAUCGAUAUGGAUUUAAGCUCUUUUUCUUCCAACUUGUUUCGGCAUUCGAUAAAUAUUUCUCCUCCUCCUCCACCACAAGAUAUAGAAUUCGAGUUCUUCUCCAAUAAUCAAAAGAGUGAAACCUCUAUUUUUCCGGCUGAUGAGCUUUUUUACAAAGGAAAACUCCUCCCUCUGCAUCUUCCACCACGUUUACAAAUGCUGCAAAAUCUUCUCCAGCCCUCUACUACCACCACAACCUCGAUAUCUCGAUCAUGCGAUGUUUCUCCAUCGGAGUCGUUUAGGAGUACUAGUGAUAAGCAGCUUGAUGAUCAUCUCUUUGCUGAACUCACUGAUGAGAAAUUCAACGUUGGUGAAGUUCCCAAGAAGUCUUGGCCUAAGAAGAAGCUCAGGCUGAUCAAGAAGUUGUUAGCUGGCACACAUUUGAAAUCCUUGUUUUCCAAGUCUAGUUGUUCUGAUGAGUCCAUUGUCAAAACAGCUGCCAAUAAAGGAGAUCCGGGAAACAUAUCAAAAGGUGAAACUGACCGUUCAAGCAAGAAAGCUAAGAACUCCGCGAGAAGAUCAGGAUGGCCUAUCAGACAAGAGGAUCCAUUCAAUUUUAGCCACCGGAGAUCAUUUCAUGGGGAGAUCAGGCAUCAUUCUAUGAAUAAAUGCUCGUAUUCUGCUUCUUUAUCUUCCUCAUGUUCUUCUUGUUCAUCGUCAUCUUCAUUCUCUUUUGACACAAACGGGGUUCGUGGGCUGGAUCUUCAUAAGAGGAGAAUCAGCUCUGGUUCUGACACUGAAGGUUCUAUUGAUGCUGCAAUUGCUCACUGCAAAAACUCUCAACAAUAG